GUGACACUGAAGAAGAGGACACCGGAAAUAUCUAUAGGUGAACACCAAGGGCUUCCGCUUAAAUUUAUUUUGAAAAGAUUUGAAAGCUGGAGCGAGAGAUUGGCAGACAUGUCCACGCUCUUCCCCUCUCUCUUCCCCCGGAUAACGGAGUCCCUGUGGUUUAACUUGGACCGACCCUGUGUGGACGAGACCGAGCUGUUCCAGCAGGAGCAGCAGCACCACACCUGGCUGCAGAGCAUCGCUGAGAAAGACAGCAACCUGAUGCCCAUUGGGAAACCUAUUUUUGAGGCAGGAUAUAAUGAUGAAGAGGAAGAGGAGGAUGAUGAGGAUGAGGAGGACAGCGAGGAGGACUCUGAAGAUGAAGAAGACAUGCAGGACAUGGAUGAGAUGAAUGACUACAACGAGUCACCUGAUGACGGCGAGAUCAAUGAGGUGCUUUAAUGUGGACAUGGAGGGACCAGACCAAGACCAAGACCAGUGGAUGAUUUAAGACAAAAAGACAAUGUUAGUCUCCUUGAAGCUGUCUGGCACUGGAUGUCUACUCCCUACUAAAAACAUGACUGCUGCCUCUUCAGUCUGGGACACAGAUAUAUAUUUUUAUUUGUGUAAAGAGGGGAAAGAAUACCGUUAAAUGAAAAGCUCGUACCAUGAUAUCCUUCAGAGGUAGGUUGGAUAAAUCAUAAGAGUCUCCUGCCAAGCUGCAGUUGACUUUGGAGGCUUUGGGCGUCGUUGGACAUCCCUGUAAGUGUUGCUACCUGGUACACGUCCACAUUGUUAUAAUACUAACAUGGAUGUGUGUUUUAGCUGCUGUGUUCAUGUCUUGUUGUUUCUCUUCUUUUAGUGGCAAUGUGUGAACCUGUCUCUCUCUCACACACACACACACACACACACACACACACACACACCGGUCCUAAUGUUUUAUGACCCCUCAGGCACACACACACAUAAUGGCAGCAGUAGGCAUCGGCCCAAUAAUCUCUGAUUUAAACUUUGACCUUGUCAUAUGUUCAGUCAUGUGCCACUUCUCAGUGUCUGGAAACAGCUGACUGAGCGUUCUGUCACAGAACAGUUCAGUCAGCUAAAUAAUUUGUUACGUAUCUUACACAUGCUUCAACCUAUAGUACAGUUCUGUUUCAUAGCAGUCUCGGGUCCGCUGCUCAUCUUUUGAUACAGAUAUCAGAAAUUUCCUAAAAGCUUGUGAAAUUAUAUUAUGUUUAGACAAUGCAUCAGUUUUUUGUUUUGUUUUUUUUAACUAUGUUAAAGGUAAAAGCUGCCAUUACCACUGAAGAAUGAAUGAAGAAAUAUGAACACACACAGUGUCCAUGUGUAUCUGAACCUACAAAGACUUUAAUUAUUUGUACUGAAAUUAACAGAAGACUCAACUAUUUGUAUUAAAUUAAAUUCUUUUGAUGAAA